AUGAACUUGGCUUGCUUCAUGGUGCUCCUGUGGGCCUGGGGAAGUCUCCACGCUUUUGAGCUCGUGGGGAAGGAAAACAUUUUUCAGAGCACCCCUUGCCCAGCGUUCCUGAUGUUCGACAAUGCCGCCUACCUGGCUGACAUGAGCUUUGAGCUUCCCUGCCACUGUAAGCCCGAGGAGGUGAAGGCCGUGGUCUGGUACUAUCAAAAGCACCUGAGAAGCAGCCACACCAGAGUGCUGACGGACUUCGAUGGGCGGCUGCUGACAGAGGAGGCCCACGUGCGUGCGGGCAGUGACAUGCUGGUCCGUUUCAGCAUCCGCAUGUUCAGUCUGCUGGUGUUUCGGGCCCAGCCUGAGGACUCGGGCCUGUAUUUCUGCGGCACCCGCAAGGGGGACUACUUCUACGCCUAUGACGUGGAUAUCCAGAGCAGCCAGGGGAUGGUGGCCACCUUCCAGGACCACGGCCAGGUGCCUUCUGCCGACAGCCACUACGGGACACUGCACAUCUUCACCACCUUUUGGGAGUGGACGCCCUGUGACCGCUGUGGGGCACGCGGGGAGCAGUGGCGCAUCGGCCUUUGCUACCUGCAGAGCCCAGACGUAUCCCCCCGCUACCGGCAGACGCUUCCCCACACUGUGUCCUGCGGCUCCCAGGCUGUGCCCGCACGGCUGCGGACCAAGGCCAGGACCCGGGCGCCCGAGCUGCUGGUGCGCAGCUGCAUGGUGCCCUGCAAGAAGAAGAGUGUCCAGAAGGGCAUCAUGGCCGUCUUCAGCUACGUGUCCAAAGUGGGCAGCCGGCCCUGGCUGCCCACAGUGCCCAUUCAGUUUCAUCAGCAGAGAUUGGGCCACGGACUCAUUAUCACCUGUCCUGGGGCACGGCCGGAGCACGCAGUAGGCUGGGACAAGGACAGCCAGUUUCUCUACCGCACGCAGUACCUGAAGGGCGUCAACAGGACCAUGCGGGUGUUCAUCGACCACGGCAACCAUCUGCACAUCCGCUUCACCGAGCUGGCUGACCGGGGCAUCUACUAUUGCUGGCGGCAGGGGGUCCGCGUGGCUGGGUUCCGCCUGGGGGUGCUCACCCGGGGGCGCCAGCAGUUCUCGCUCUCGGACCCUGAGACACACGCUGCCAUAAUGCUCGCCCUGAUGGGCCACCUGCUGCUCACGGUAGUCUUUGUCACCAUCCACAUCUGUCGCUGCUGCUGUUACCUGCUUCGCUGCUGCCCCAGCUUCUCCCCCUGA